AUGCAAUAUUCUCCGAUCUUAUUAGACUUCUCCUCCGCCUUUCGCCACCCACGCGCCGCCGCGUUAACCACCACCACCCCCGGCGUAGCGAUUCCCCAUUCCCCGGCGAUAAAAUUUCACUCUACCUCCUUUUCACCUUCCUCGACACCGCUGCUAGCUUCCUCUUCCUCUCGUAGAUGUUUCUCUUGCCGAUUUGGCGACGGUUCUCGUCGGUUCGAUUCGAGCGACGAUGAAAAUGAAAUCGAUGAAGAUGAUUAUUUGGUUGAUUGCUUGACAGAUGGGAAGACGGAGAAUCUGCUAGGCGACGAUGGGGUUCUCAUCGAGUUGAAGAUACUAGAGAAGAGCUCUCGGCGAAUCCGCUCGAAGAUUGGAAUGGAAUCGAGCCUCGAUACCGUCUGGAGCGUAUUGACUGAUUACGAGAAGCUAUCCGAUUUCAUCCCGAGCCUUGUCGUUAGCGAAUUGGUCGAGAAGGAAGGCAAUCGUGCUCGUCUUUUCCAGGUGGGACAACAGAAUUUAGCACUGGGACUUAAAUUCAACGCCAAAGCUGUUCUUGAUUGUUUCGAGAAGGAGCUUGAGAUUCUCCCAAAUGGGAGGAGGCGUGAGAUCGACUUUAAGAUGGUGGAAGGAGAUUUCCAAUUGUUUGAAGGCAAAUGGUCCAUCGAACAAUUGGACAAAGGGAUUCAAGGGGAGGAUUUGGAUCCACAGUUUAAAGAUUUCCGGACGACGCUUGCUUACACGGUGGAUGUAAAGCCGAAGAUGUGGUUACCGGUGAGGCUUGUUGAAGGAAGAUUGUGCAGUGAGAUCAAAACUAAUCUUUUGAGUAUUCGAGAUGCAGCUCAGAAAGUCAUUGAAAGUGUUAUUCAUGAUCUUUGA